AAUAUUUCCUUCGCCCACACCUAUACAUAUCAAUUCAUCAAACCACUUGAAAUAAGAGACCGACCCAGCUAUCCUGUGCUGCUUGGUUCUUCUUCUUCUUCAUCAUCUUCUUCUUCAUUGGAGGCCGCCAUGAAUCAAGAUCAUUGGGACAACCAAGAUCCUUUUGAAGACACACAGGAACGACACAAAUUCAACAUGGACAUCCUUCUCACGGCUGUUUCUUCCCUUUUUGUUGUCAUUGUCCUUGUUCUCCUCCUCCACAUCUAUGUACGGUAUCUCCUCCGACGCCAAAGAAGGCGCCGCACGAUAAUCCGUCUAAGCGUAGGAACCACUUCAACCGAGCCACCCAAGAGGGGGCUCGAACCAGCGGCCAUCGCCGCCCUACCGGUAUUCGUCUACAAAGGAACUGGAGAUCAGCUUGAGGCUACCAACAAGACGGAGUGCACAGUUUGCUUGAGUAGCAUAGAAGAUGGAGAGAUGGCAAGGCUUUUACCGAACUGUAAGCAUAUGUUUCAUGUAGAGUGUAUUGAUAUGUGGUUUAGCUCCCACUCUACUUGCCCUAUAUGCCGCACUGGGGCUGAACCCCAAUUACAAGCCCAAACCCUAGCUCAUGAGACUGGUGUUACUGUGCCCCCUACGGCUCCACCAUUGGAUUCAAUGUUGAACUCAACAAUCUUGAGACCUGAGGGUACAUCGGAGGGUGCUGCUCAAACCUCUAAGGCUGUUGGAUCAGUCUCAUCAAGGCUGAGUUCCUUUAGGAGGAUGCUUAGUAAGGACAGAUCAGAGAGGAGAAGUCAGGCUUCUGGGCAAGCAGAUGGAGUGGAAGAUCUUGAGAGGCAGUGACAUGAUAACAUCCAUUGGGUACAUAUUUCCCUGCUUCUGUAUCUCUUGAACUUCUUUGUUUCGCUUGAUGAUAUGAGAAUACUUUUUUUAGUUUAUACUGUAGUUAUAUUGGGAUGCAUAUCCCAUAAUUUCACACAUUGGGAUGUAUAGAGAUAUACUUGUUUAACCGGUGGUUGAGAAUAUAUCUCAUAUUCCCACAUAUUUUUUAGAAUAUAAUUUUUAUUUUCGGGA